UUGCCUCUCUAGGAAGGGGCGCUCUGUGAUCCAGGCUCCGUGAAGCCAGGACGGCGCGGGAAAUUUUGGCGGGAACUAUUUGUAGCUGCUCUGCUGAGGCGCAGAAACUCUGAGGAAACGGAGCCCUUCUUCUCUCCCCCUGAAAGCGGGAAAGGGCCGGUUGGGAGGGGAUCGGCGGCGGAGGCUCUGCCGUAACUGAAAGAGGCCUUGGGCGAGGCUGAAGACGGAGAUCGAAUGGAGGCCCAAGGGUCUCCGGGGGCGGGAGCAGCAGCAGCCCCCGCGGCCCUUCAGGCGGAGUGCGACGGUGGGGAGUCCAGGGGAAACCGCAGCCCGAGAGGUCUCCUUGAGGGACCCCGCAGCUCCGAGGGUGAGCGCCGGUGCUUCCGCAGCUGCCGCUCCCUGGAGGCCGAGGGGCCCCGGGCGCUUUGCAGCCGCCUGCACCAACUAUGCCGCAGGUGGCUGCGGCCUGAGCGGAGCAGCAAAGCGAAGAUGCUGGACCGGGUGGUGCUGGAGCAGCUGCUGGCCGUGCUGCCCCCGGAACUGGCGGGCUGGCUGCGGGAAUGCGAAGCGGAGAGCUGCUCACAGGCGGUGGCCCUGGCUGAAGGAUUCCUGCUUGGUCCCGCAGCCAGCCUGGAGCCGGGAAAGGGGCGGCAGAUGCAGGAGCUGUUCACAGGAGAGAUCUCAGCCGAGCUCCAGGAAAGAGGAAAUCAAUGCAGUCCUUCUCAAGGACUGCUUUUCAGGAGGAUCCAAUUUGGGCCACUGCAGCAGGGCUUUGAUCCCUUUGAGGAGGUCACUGUGGACUUCACAGAAGAGGAGUGGGCACUACUGGAUUCUGGCCAGAGAACCCUGUGCAAAGAAGUCUCACUGGAGGCUUUUAGGAAUAUGGCUGCCCUGGGUGACAGAAUGAAGAAAGAGAAUGAGGAGCAGGAGAGGUUAAUGCUGCUGCAAACAACAAACUAUGAAGUAGAAAUGAUGUUUGACCAUCAAGCAAAUCCAAAAAGAAAAGAGAGGAGCCAGUCAGAAGGUCAAGGGCAGGAACCCUCUACACCUCACAAUUCCUUUUCUAUUACUUUACCUAAGAAACGUUAUAGGAAACACAAACCACAUAUCAUUGUAAAGUUGGGGAAAGAUUCCAGACUGAGCAGAGAGACUAAAAUAUACAGAAAAUGUGGAAAGACCUUUAGUAUUUUUAAUGGCCAUGAAAAGAGCCAAAUAGCAGAGAAACCAUAUAGUUGUGAGGAAUAUGGAAAUAGCUUUGCUUUAAUAGGAAAACUUAAUUUUCAUAAAAGGAUUCACACAGGUGAAAAAUUAUAUAAAUGCAUACAGUGUGGAAAGAGCUUCUGUUUCUGGAGUACUCUUGAUUUACAUGAAAGGAUCCACAGAGUGGAGAAAAAACAUAGUUGCACGGAGUGUGGAAAGCAAUUCUUUAACAAGGGUGCCCUUACUGUUCAUCAAAGGAGCCACACAGGAGAGAGACCGUAUAACUGCCUGGAGUGUGGCAAGAGCUUUAUUUCAAAAGGAAAUCUGAAUUCUCAUAACAGAAUCCACACAGGGGAGAGACCGUUUAAAUGCAUGGAAUGCGGAAAGCAGUUCACUCAGAAAGGAUAUCUUACAGAUCAUGAAAGGGUUCACACGGGAGUGAAACCAUAUAAAUGCACAGAGUGCGGAAAGAGUUUCCGCUUCAGGGGUAAUCUGACUCGCCAUGAGAAGAUCCACAGAGGGGAAAAACAACAUAGUUGCAUGGAGUGUGGAAAAGGAUUCUAUGAGAGGAAAGACCUGACUGUCCAUCAAAGGAUACACACUGGGGAGAGACCGUAUAAAUGCUUGGAAUGUGGAAAGGCCUUUGCUUUAAUGGGAACACUUAAUUGUCAUAAAAAGAUUCACAUAGGUGAGAAACUACAUAAUUCCAUAGAGAGUGAAAGGAGCUUCAGUUUCAGAAAUACUCUUGAUCACCAUGACAGGAUACACAGAAUGGAGAAAAAACAUACCUGCAGCAAGUGUGGCAAGAGAUUCUUUCAGAAAAGAGAACUUACCAUCCAUCAAAGGAACCACACAGGGGAGAGACCGUAUAAAUGUCUGGAGUGUGGCAAGAGCUUUAUUUCAAAAAGAAAUCUUACUUCUCAUAAAAGAAUCCACACAGGGGAGAGACUAUAUAAAUGCAUGGAAUGUGGAAAGCAGUUCACUCAGAAAGGAUAUCUUACAGAUCAUAAAAGGGUUCACAUAGAAGUGAAACCAUAUAAAUGCACAGAGUGCGGAAAGAGCUUCCGUUUCAGUCGUAAUCUGAAUCGCCAUAAGAAGAUCCACAGAGGGGAGAAAGAGCAUAGUUGCAUGGAAUGUGGAAAAGAAUUAUGUGAGAAGAAAGACCAUUCUAUCCAUCAAAAGAUCCAUGUAAGGAAGAAACCAUAUAGUUGCGAGGAAUAUGGAAAGGCCUUUGCUUUAAUAGGAACACUUAAUUUUCAUAAAAGGAUUCACACAGGUGAGAAACUACUUAAUUGCAUAGAGAGUGGCAGGAGCUUCAGUUUCAUAAAUACUCUUGAUGGCCAUGAGAGGAUCCACAGAAGGGAGAAAAAACAUAGCUGCAGUGAGUGUGGAAAGAGAUUCUUUCAGAAAAGAGAACUUGCCAUCCAUCAAAGGAACCAUACAGGGGAGAGACCGUAUAAAUGCCUGGAGUGUGGAAAAAGCCUUAUUUCGAAAGCAAAUCUUAAUUAUCAUAAGAGAGUCCACACAGGGGAGAGACCAUAUAAAUGCCUGGAGUGUGGAAAGCAGUUUGCUCAGAAAAGGUCUCUUUCUGAUCAUGGAAGGAUUCACACAGGGGUGAAACCAUAUAAAUGCACAGAGUGUGGAAAGAGCUUCCGUUUCAGAAGUAAUCUUAAUCGCCAUGAGAGGAUUCACAGAGGGGGGAAACAGCAUAACUGAAUAGUGUAUGGAAAAGGAUUCCAUGAAAAGAGACACCUUACUGUGCAUCAAAUAAUACACAUGGGAGAGCUUCCUAGAAAUGCAUUGUGUGGAACAGGCUUUCAAAAGUUCUCUUAGUCGCUAUGAGAGGAUGCACAGAGGGGAGAAAAAAACAUACCUCCAGGGAGUGUGGAAAUGGAUUCAAUACAAGCUCAAUUGGCUCAACAUCAGAAGAUCCACACAAGGAAUAAACUGGAGUGUGGAAAGAGCUUUACUUAGGAAGGGCAAAUUAAAUCUCAAAAGAAUCCAUAUUGUGGAUAGAACAUAUAAAGUUAGUCCUGGACUUAAAAGUGUUUGUUUAGUGAGCAUUCAAAGUUAGAGUGAAAAAAAAUGAAAUAAAAUGAAAAAAGUGACUUAGACCAGUUUUCACAAUUAUAACUGUUGCAGCAUCCCCAUGAUCGUGUGAUCAAAAUUUGGGCACGCCUACUGGCAUGUAUUUAUGAUGGUUGCAGCGAUCUGGUAUUAUAAUCUCCAGUUGCACGUGUUUCAUCACUGGAGAUUUUUAAGAAGAGACUGGACAGUCGCUUAUCUGAAAUGGUAUAUGGCUUCCUGUUGAGGUAGGGGGUUGGACUAGAAGACUUCAAAGGUCCCUUCCAGCUCGAUUCUGAUUCUGAUUAGUUGCCACUUUGAUUUGGUCAAAUUCAAGGUGCUGUUUUUGAUCUUUAAAGGCCUUCAGGGCAAGAAGCUGUGUUACAUGAGAGAAGAUGUGUGUUGCGGGUCCUCUGUUAAGGAGUUACAUGUGGGACCAAAGAGAUGGGCCUUCUCUGCCCUGGCACCCAUCCUUGAUAGCUUUCUGGAAAUCCCUCAAAACAACAUGGCUAUGUCAACAGAUUUGGGGAAUCUCAAUUGUUGAACCAGUGAGGUUGUGGCAUUCCUUAUAUUGAAUCUUUUUUCCUAGUCUUAAUAAUAAUAAUAUUUUUUUUUUAAAAAUCGUAGAAUGUUUUUCAUUCUAUGCCACCCAGUGUCAUGUUUUGGGAGAUGAUCAACUAUAAUAAAUACGAAGAAUGAAUGAAUGGUUCACAUAGGAGUGGAACCUUAUAAAUGCAUGGAGUGUGGAAAGAACUUUCUUUGAGGAAUUGCUAGAGGCAUGCUGGCUGAGGAAUUCUGGGAGUUGAAGUCCACAAGUCAUAAAAUGGCCACGUUUGAAGUCCCCUGUGCUAGAUUAAAGCCUCAGGGCAUCUAGUUGCUGAUGUUAUGCAGGAAAAGAAAAUCCAAAACAGUAAAGUCAGAAUUAUAGUGGGAACUGGAACACUGGAUAUAGAAAAGCUCAAUGCAGUAAAAGAUGAAGCAACAAAACACUAGAAACUGUUCUGCGCAAAAAAAAAAUAAUUAAAAAUGACUGUGAUUUAUGGUUUGAUGAUUAGACAUACAUAGAAGAGCAUAAUGCUGUAACUUGACAAAAUAAAGGUUACAAUAUAGUGUACUUACAACCCUGUGAAGAACAUUCUUUAUAUAUUUUUCUUUUUUCCUACUUUAUUUUUUUAUCACACUGAGCUUUUUCUGUUAUUUCUCCCCCUUUUCUGUUCUAAAGCAAUUUCUAUUGUUCUUUUUAAAACUUUCAAUAAAAAGUAUAUUUCAAAAACACUUGAUAUUUUCGACUUCAGUUAAUU